GCCAACUUGAAGAUAGUCUCUUGUAUAUAAGGGAGUACUUUACAAUUGGUUAAUAUUAUUUCGUUUUACAAUGAAAUAUUUUGUGCUAUUGGGAUUUUGCUUAGCUGCUGCUUGUGCCUCUGUCAUUCCGGAGGAGGAACGUGUCAACGGUGAAAACGGUUGGUACGUUCCCCAGACCGAUGGAUCCUUUGAAUGGGUCGAUCUUGAGGAAGCCGAAUCUUACUUAAAUCAAGCCGAACAAUUGGAAGGACGUUUGUCCUCAAAUCCCGUUACCUUCUACUUGUAUACCAAGUCAAAUCCUGAUAAAGGCCAUGAAAUCAAGGCUACCACCAAGUCAAUUAAAGCCUCUCCCUUCAAUGCCAAGCACCCCACCAGAAUCACAAUUCACGGUUGGACCUCGAAUAGCAAUGAUUACGUUAACUCCGGUGUUCGCAAAGCCUAUUUGAAAAAGGGUGAUUACAACAUUAUAGCUAUUGACUGGGCCCGAGCUCGUUCGGUUGAUUAUGCUACUUCCGUUUUGGCUGUCCCCGGUGUGGGUAAAAAAAUUGCCGCCUUGGUCGAUUUCUUAGUUAAAGAAUACGACAUGAAAUUGGAUGAUUUGGAAAUCAUUGGUCACAGCUUAGGUGCCCAUGUUGCUGGUUUCACCGGUAAGAACAUUGCCAGCGGUAAGGCUCAUGCCAUUAUCGGUUUGGACCCUGCCCUUCCCUUGUACAGUUACGACAAGCCCAGCAAACGUCUAUCCAGCACGGAUGCCCACUAUGUUGAGUCUAUUCAAACCAACGGUGGCAAAUUGGGUUUCUUGAAACCCAUCGGUAAGGGUGCUUUCUAUCCCAACGGUGGCAAGAAACAACCAGGCUGUGGUGCUGAUCUUACAGGCAGCUGCUCUCAUGGUCGCUCUGUCAGCUACUAUGUUGAAGCCAUCGAGAAGGACAAUUUUGCUACCAUCAAAUGUGAAAACUAUGAAGAUGCUGUUGCUAAGAAGUGCGGUUCCACAUACAGCGGCGUACGCAUGGGUGCCAUCCACAACGCCUACAUGGUUGCCGGUGAUUUCUACGUGCCCGUUCACAGCGAAUAUCCCUAUGGUGUUUUGGCUUAAAAAAAUUGGUUAGAAAAGGAAAUGUCGAAUAAAAAAAUUGAUCAAAAUAAUAUUCAUAAGGUUUUAAAAUUAUAGACGUGACUAUUUUUAA